GCCCCACUCAACUUAGUUGCGUCCAUCGCUUCAUCCUAGCCGUUCUUUUGUGCAACUCCGUUCUAUAAAUACCAUCACCUCCUCGCCGACAUCAAAAAACUAAGAAGAGAUCCCAUUUCAUCUGUUUAUUCGGAAGAAGCGCGGAGAAUCCGAUAUCGGAAUUUGAAGCCCAGCCAUGGUGAGAAGAUCAGGCAAGAAGCCUAAGAAGAUGGGUGAGCCAAGAAAGCCCUUGAAUUCCUCGAAGAAGAUAAAGAAGAAAUUUACAUCUAAGAAGGAGGCCCUUGUGAUGAACAAUGCUGCUCUCGCGGUUUCAGUUGCUGCUCCUGAGAAGGCCGCGAAGGCAAACGAUGCCUCUCAUGCGGCUUUUAUUGCCUCUUCUGAAAAGAAGAAGGCUCCUAUUGUUACUCCUAAGGCCAAGAGUAGCAAGGCUAAAACGCAUGUGGGAAAGAAGGAAACCGCUUCUAACGAAAGGAUUUCUGGGUUCAUUUUCAUGUGCAAUGGAAAAACAAAACCGGAAUGCUAUCGCUAUCGCGUCUUUGGCCUUCCUUCAGGAAAGGCAGAGAUUGUGAAGAAAAUCAAGGGAGGCUCAAAGCUUUUCCUUUUUGACUUUGACUUGAAGCUUCUUUAUGGUAUAUACCAGGCAACAGGUAAUGGCGGGAAGAAUUUGGAACCAUCUGCUUUCGGAGGGGCAUAUCCUGCACAGGUGAAAUUUCAUAUUUACAAGGAUUGCUUGCCUCUGCCUGAGAGUUCUUUCAAACAUGCGAUCCAGGAGAACUAUCAGGGGAAGUUCAAAUUCAAAUCUGAGCUUAGUUCUCAGCAGGUCAAGAAGCUGAUUUCCUUGUUUCGGCCGAUCCCAACCCAGCAAUUGUCACCUGCGAGGCCUGUUCUGAAUGAUCGACGCCCAGCACCAGCCCGUCUGCCAGCUCCAGAGGAGCCCUAUGGGCGCCUGGCACAUGCCCCACCAGCCCAUCUGCCAGCUCCAGAGGAGUCCUACAGGCACCUGGUGCAUGCCCCACUAGCCCGUCUGCCAGUUCCAGAGGAGCUAUAUGGGCGCUUGGCACAUGUCCCUCCAGCCAUUGAGCCACCUCGAUAUGCCCAUCGGCAAGUGGGCCUUCAACAUCAUGACCAGUAUGUCCCACAUCAUGAUCAUUAUGAAACACGUGCUCCACCAAUCAUGGAGCCGUCUUGGCAUGUUCCUCCUGCUGACCAAUAUGAAACAACAAUGCACCUGGCACGUGCCCCACCACCAGUGGACUCUCGAAAUGUUCUUCCAGUAGGCCCGCCACCCCCGGUUGAUCCAUACUAUCUAGCUGAUGCCCGACGGACCUACUUGCCUCCAAACCCAGUUUUGCCUGAGCAUGAGCUUUACAGCAGCUAUGACAGAUACAGGGCUGCACCAGAUUGGAAUCGCCCCCUUGAGAGGGACUAUAGGCCAUUAUAUGGUAGGGAGAAUGAAAUGGCCACACGGCCGAAUCAUGUGGAUUACUUCAGCAACCUACGGGCCAUGCAAAAUGUGCGUGCAGGAUUGCCAGUUGAAACAGGCUACUGGAGGGCAGGCUAUGAGGACCCGAAUCGUAUCUACACGGAGAAUUUGGCCCGCCCACAGGCCACUAGCAACACAUCGAUGGCGCCUGUCUCAUCCAUCUAUAGCUUUGCAGAUUCAGUGCCGUCCUACAGAGCUAUAUGCUAUGGUAGGAAGGCCUCUAAAGGGAAAGGUGCAGUUGUUGGGUUUCGCCUCUUCAGCUAUGCUGGCAGUUGCGGUGGGUUGUAUAUGAGUUACCUUGUACACGCGUGUGGGCCCAGGAAGGCCCUAGACUCCUAUAUAAGAGGGUGGACCGUUUUCCUGAACAAAGCAAGAGGGUCGUAUUUACUGCAAUCUGUUUUUUCAAUUCAACGCGUUUUCCCUCGUUUCCAAUUUCUCACUCCAAACGCGUCAUUUUUUCAGAUAUUCCGAUUCUCACUUCUCUCCCCUUUCCUACUGCGGAAGAUGGGGAAUUGCUGCUCAGAUACUCAGGCCGGACAGCAGGCCGUGGGCGGCGGCAACGGCGGCGGUGCUGCUACUUCGAAGCCUGGCAGCAGCGAUGCAAUGGGCGCUAUCGAUUGGUUUCUCAGAUCUCGUGGCGCCUACGGACUAUUCGCUCACAUCGAGUUAUCACUAUCUGCAUCCAACUUGCGUGACCGGGACGUGCUUUCCAAGAGUGACCCCAUGGCAGUUGUUUAUACAAAAAGAAGAGAUGGAACGCUUGAAGAGCUUGAUCGUACUGAAGUGGUAUUAAAUUCAUUAAAUCCUGUAUGGAUUGCAAAACAUACUGUUACAUACCACUUUGAGGUUGUGCAGCAUUUGGUGUUUCGGGUGUAUGAUAUCGACACUCAAUUUCACAAUGUGCCAGUAAAGGCACUUAAGUUGGAGGAGCAGCAAUUCCUUGGAGAGGCUAGCUGUACUCUGUCUGAGAUUGUCACUAAAUCUACUAGAUCCUUGACUCUAAAUCUUCGGCACAGAGAAGAACAUGGCGGAGGUCAGUCCCGAAAUUUAGGAGAGCUGACUGUCCGGGCUGAAGAAUGUGUUAGCUCAAAAACUAUGGUAGAGAUGAUAUUACGGUGUACUGAUCUCGAAAAUAAGGAUCUCUUUUCGAAAAGUGACCCUUUCUUGAUGAUAUCCAGAACUAUGGAGACUGGGGCACCUAUUCCAAUUUGCAAGACAGAAGUUAAAAAGAACGAUCUCAAUCCAACAUGGAAGCCAGUAGUUUUGAGAAUUCAACAAGUUGGAAGUACGGACAACCCAUUAGUUAUAGAGUGCUUUAACUUCAACAGCAAUGGGAAACAUGAUAUGAUUGGAAAAGUACAGAAAUCACUGAGGGACUUGGAAAAGCUUCACAGUGACGGAAUUGGAGAGAACCUAUUUCUACCCACUAGCGUUGGACAUAAUUACAACACCAAGGUAUUAAAAGGUCAGUUAUUUGUGGAAUCAUUUUCUGAACAUGAUGGAUCCACUUUCUUGGAUUAUAUUACCAGCGGGUGUGAGCUGAACUUCAUGGUGGCUAUUGACUUCACAGCUUCGAAUGGAAAUCCACGGCUCCCAGAUUCCUUGCAUUACAUUGACCCCUCUGGCCGGCUGAAUGCAUAUCAGAGGGCAAUCUUAGAUGUUGGAGAGGUCUUGCAAUUUUAUGAUUCAGACAAGCGUUUUCCUGCUUGGGGUUUUGGAGCAAGGCCGAUUGAUGGUCCAGUUUCUCACUGUUUCAACUUGAAUGGAAGCAGUGACCAAUCUGAGGUUGAAGGAAUCGAUGGUGUACUGUUCGCUUAUGCGAGUGCCCUCCAUAAUGUGGCAUUUGCAGGGCCCACCCUUUUCGGACCGGUGAUCAACAAAGCAGCACUAAUAGCUAGCCAUGCUGUCGCCAAUGACCAAAACAAGUACUUUGUUCUGUUGAUAAUCACGGAUGGAGUAAUAACAGAUGUACAAGAAACAAAAGAUGCGCUUGUAAAGGCAUCUGAUUUGCCAUUAUCAAUUCUCAUAGUUGGGGUUGGCGGGGCUGAUUUCAAAGAAAUGGAGGUCUUGGAUGCGGAUAAAGGAGAUAGACUAGAAAGCUCAGCCGGAAGAAUUGCAACACGUGAUAUCGUGCAGUUCGUUCCAAUGCGGGAUGUACAGGGUGGAGAAAUCUCAGUUGUCCAGUCUCUUCUGGCGGAAUUGCCGGGACAGCUUUUGAGCUACAUGCGGUCCAGGAAUAUUCAGCCUCAUAACUGAUAAGUUUCAACGGAACUGUAAAUAAUAUUUCAGUUUCCAGUGGGUUCUCGCGGCUGUCAUUCUUUAGUCUUUGGGCCCUUGUCGGUUUCAGUUCCAGCAAGCUUUUACUCGUUUUCUUUUAAUCUCCCGUUUGCAUGAUAUGCUCAGUUUGGUUUAAGCCAGUGUUUUAGAACCCGGACCGGACGGUUGGGCUGGUUUGGACCAGCACUGGCCAGCCAAAGCUGAUCAGGUCUCAAUAGAACCUGGACAGUUAUGUGGAUAACUUUGUGAAAAAAACAAAGAAGAAAAAAUGCAAUGAUACGAGUUAAAGAUCAAACCCACUUGAAAAUCAGAUAAUCUAAUCAUUACAUUAACAGAAGGUUCCUUGUUAGUUCAUUUUUAUAUUAAGUAGAUUCUGGGUUGAAAUGUGCCAGAGCAGGCCUUAGCUGUUGGAUUGUUUCACCAACACAAAAAAGGUUGAGGUCCAGUCCGGGUUUAAACAGUGGUUUUAACCUAUGUUUAUUACUGGAUGAACCAGAGAUCAUCUCCGUUACUGGCUGGGAAGCUGUACAUGUGCCGCACUUUUCAGCUAUCCAGAUUGUUAUUAUUAUUGUUAUUUUUUUAUGGCGGGUUGUGGUGAAAAGUCUCUCCGAUCAGUUGCUGUCAUUUUAUUGGUGGGAUUUUCCCAAUCGACUGUUGAUUAUAUAAUAUUUUAUUUUGUUUUUCCA